AUGGGAUUGACUUGUUCUUCCAGCAAUCAUAAAGCUCACAAUUCUCAAACCAACGAAAUUAAUUAGCCUAUCAUGAUUGCAGAGAAUUUCAUUAAUAUCAUAGGAUAAGUAGAAUUAUCUGACGAUAUCCACGAUGAUCUUCGUUAUAAUUUAAAUCAAUUAAUUAUACUGAGGAGCAAGCUGGCACACUGUAUCGUUCGUUUACAUAAACGAUACUCUCAUUAUCACUACUAACAAUUAGAAAAAGAGCUCACAAGUGUAUUUCAAUAUGUAGAUAUCAUACUACAGAAUAUAUACUUAGAAGUGUAUUUUCCAUUAGUAUAUACCUUCUUGGUAAACUUAAUAGAAAUACACAAAUAAAAUUUGAAAUAGUAAUUAUGA